CAACUGAACAAAACCGAUACCUGUGCCGAUACAGCGAUGGCUAAUCGUUCAAACGGAACGCGUUUUCAACAACAAAACAAAAAUAUGCGGCUACUAAGAUCCAGAUCCUCGUAUAACACAAACAUAGUACAAAAAUUAGCGACUAGACAGAUGCUUGGAAAAUUGUGCCAUUAUCGUGGAUCUCAACAACAGAAGCUGUAUAUAAAAUCUCCGAGGAGGCUGGGUUACUUUGGAUUUUCACUCAAAACGAUGGUGUCUGAAGCAACGUUACGAGAUGGGCACGUAUUCCUGGGAUUCACGAAGAAUGGGCAGUUCCUACUGUCCUACACGCUACAGGUGGAUGCAGAAGAACACACAGCUUACCCGAUCUACCUCUACCGCCUGCACUGGUGGCUGUUUGUCCCACACAGAGAGCUUAAGAAGGUGGCGACAGUAAGGCUGUUUGGAGAAGAGGAAUUACAGCAGGAUCUCUACAUUGCUGUGUGUCAGUGGCCAACAGAUGAUUCUCAGAUUCUUGUAUACGGGUAUUGUUCGGUGGAGUGUUACGAUGAGAAACAUCAGUGCUACAUCACCAUCACUGCGUCGCCUCCCCUCGUACACUGCAGCGACUGCUCGGAACUGCAGAGCGAAGCCAAAGAAGAGGAAGAAGCAGAAGAGGAGGAUGAGCUUGGUGGAGCAAGGCUGUGUGUGCGUCACAGCUACACGGUACACACCAAGUAUGAGCUCGCCUCGCCCUACCCUGCGUUCGCUCCCGCCACCUACAUGAAGAAAGAUGGACUAGUCACGCUUAACACCGGUGACUCGAUCGUUGCUCUCAGCGUACACACGGAACUCGACUACCACGAUGGCACCCCCACAGCGACCACAGACAGCGCUGCUUCCAGUCCUAGCCUUCGCUCUCCGCUCGCGAGUCCGCCAUCGCUAGUAGGCCGCGACGCGAUGCCGCUGUCACCCCCUAGUGUCAAGCAGCAGCCUUCUCCACGCUCGUUGUGCAGCGGCGACGAAUGCGGCGCCCUCUCAACGCGCGACAGCAAUAAGGAGAACUCGCAGCCAGCUGAUGCGCCGCUGCCGCCAGGUGGGGCCACCGGACGGCGCCUUGCCGCGCGUGCCGCGGACGCUUGGAUGCACGCGCACUGCCGCAGCGAGUGCGCGGCGGGGGCGCCACCGCAGCACGAGGUCACGUUCCCGCACGGCGACGCCGCCGAGUGGACGUUCCCGGCGCCCCCUGGUGGCGGCGCCGGGUUUGAGAUCGCCGCAGACCGUUUGCGCGGUGGCGGUUCGGCGGGCGAUGCGGCGACGAUCUACGCCGGUCACGCCCUGCAGGGUCACUGCCUCGCGAUGUUUCCCGAUGCGCAGAGAGGGGGCGCCACUAAGGACGCCGUGCGGUCGUCGCCGCUGGCGUCAUACAGUCAGCGGUCGCCCGUGCGCGUGGCGCCCUCGUAUUCCCAGUUGUCGUGGUUGUCAUGGCCACCGGAAAGCACGAGUUCCAGCUCUUCAAUUAGUUCCAUGUUCAUCCUCCAGAUGGACUCGCUUUGUGUAACCUGCACAGAGCGAUGGUAUAAAACUAUGUACCCAACAGACAAUUCUGCAAUAGACAUCGAAGAUGAUACGUCAGUGGGCUAUCAUAGUUACCUGCCAUUAGAGGUACACGGGUCUGCAUAUAAGCCUCUUGGCUUGGUCACGAAGGCACAGACACAAGCCAAGAGAGGCGGCGUGGAGCGGCAGCAUGUGCUGGUGCGCCAGCUGACACUCGAUGUGGAACAGUACAUCGUGGAGGCCGUCCACAACGAGGCGACGUGGACGAAGCGAUACGUGUCGUUCACCGACUAUGACGUGCAGAUUGUCGACGUUUGCCCAGAGUCGGAUGACGUCAUCAUUCUCAUCCUCGCGCUCGUACGCGCGCGCUCGCCCGUCAAGGGAGACAGUGGCGACACCGUGUUCAAGGGCAUCCCCAAGUUAUAUCAAACGGGGUUUCGGCUGGCGUGGCAUCUCUCCAGCGGCACGUACACGACCGUCUACAUCGACGAUCUGGUGGAAUUCAACCAGGUGAAGCCGUGCAAGGAUUGGCGCCCCGGUCACGCCGCCUGCCUGGAGCUGCAGAGGGCGCUACAAGUCCCGCAGGCUGCAAGGAAAUCCGUCGCCGUGAUGACCAACGAGGCCGUCUUCAAAGGUCGUUCCUUGAAGGUGUUGCUAGACCCGCUUAACUACAUCGCCGUCAUCUUAUGAGGCAGCCGCACGAAUAUAGAUAUCCCAUAAUACACUAGGUGUGACUUCACUUGACUCACGAUACAUCGCUUGCGCCACAAGCAUUGCGUGUGAGGAAUUGUGGGAUAUCGUCUACCCAACGUAUGACGUGAUUGCACGACUCAAACUCACAAACGUGCAACUCAUGACCCCCUAUCUUCAGCGCGAUGUCACGUUUAAUAUUACACGCGUAUACCUUAGCAAGGCCGAUGCCUUUCCAGUCAGAGGAAAGAACCAUUGACUUUGCAGCAACUCGGUAUUGCAGCAGUGAUGUUAACAUAGGAUUCUAUUGGUCAAUUGUGUGUGGCCUCCUGUUCAGUAUAUUAUGGGAUAUAUAUAUGGCCACGUCUCUCCUCAUCGGUUCACAGCGAUGGAAGAUACCGAUGAUGGUCACGUGACGGCAGUCGUCUGGAAUCUCCACACUCGUUAAGUUGCAGGGACUCGUGCUGCCAUCUGGUGCGCACUUGGAAAGUGUCUUCCCACGAAAUUUGCACGGGGAGAAAUUUAAUUCAAUGAAAGAGAUUAUUUUAGGGGCAUGUGUUUUUUAUGUAUGCGUGUCUCACAUGUGCGUGCGUGAUUGGUUGAAUACGAUUCCUCGGGCUCGGGUCUAUUCGAAGGGCUGUGAAUGCAGAGUGACACAAGAGCAAUGAAAUGUUUCAAGCAGCAUGUACUAUCACUCCGUGAUGAUGCUCUGUUGUUUCAUUACAGUGAUGUUGAGUAUUGAGGUGGGGCCUGAAUCUGCCAUUAACAAAAAACUGGUAAAACGUGGUUUUUUAGGCGUGCAUAUUUGCAGUUUUAUUUUAAAAGUUCUACUAUCCAAGUGACGUACAUACUAUUUAUAUUUUUACUGUGAUUUUUUUUAAAGUUUUGCAGUGACAUGCUGUAGGUUUUGUGGGAAGGCAUGUUCUGUCAGGUUCUCUGAGAGCAUAGGAGAACUACAACUAUCACCGAAUUACUUGGCAUUGUCGGCUCUAUGCUUUAUGAAGAAUCAUCAAACAGAGUUAUUGAUAAGGAAACAAAGCGUUUUUAAGUUUUCGGUGGUUGUCAUCCAUAUCGUUUCAUAUUCAACAGAACACUUUAGAUAUGAAGCUUAAUUUAUUCCGUGAGCUGCCUUCCAUUCCUGUGCCACUUCUAUAAUGUAUUCUGUAUAUAUAUAUAUAUAUAUAUAUAUAUAUAUAUAUAUAUAUAUAUACAUACAUAUAUAUAUAUAUAUACAUGCUGUGGCUGUUAUGAUGGAGAGUUGGCAGAAUCACUGUUCUUGUGUUUUCCAAAGUGAUUCCAGCCAUCUGCAUUGGGUGAAACUCAACGAGUGGGUAUGGUUGUUCGCUUGUUUUCUGCUGGCCGUGCGCAUGUAUAGAUAUAAUUUCUCGCUGGCAACAAAGAGGGUGCCAGUGUAUUUAACGUGACGUGUGGCCACAAAGUAUCGCUUUGAUCGAUCGGUUAAAUUUGAUCGGCUGUAAAUGAUGACAGCCUAACUGAUGUACUGCUGUGUGGUUUUAACAGGUUCACUGCGCCUCGAUCAUAAGUGAUACAUAUACAUACAUUUUGUAUAUGUAUGUAUAUAUAUAUAUAUAUGUAUGUAUAUAUAUAUAUAUGUAUAUAUAUAUACGUAUAUAUAUAUAUAUACAUAUAUAUGUAUAUGUAUAUAUAUAUUGACGUGUAUAUAUAUUGUAGCGUCGCGUGAUUCAAUUCUUGUUUUGUUACCGGUAUAUUCGUCCAUGUUACGCACUAGGCAAUAUUUGUACGAAAAUAAAUGUUCAAAAAUUCCUGAAUUAAAUUA